AUGGCUCUUGAGUAUGGUGCGACGCCUGUCUGGGGCCCUGAAAUGGUAGACAAGGCUAUUCUACACGCAGAACGCGAGAUUGACCCUGUUACCGGUGUCAUCUCGUACAACGGCAAGAGUCGCGCCAUGUUUACGACUCAUCCUCUCGAAAAACCAUAUUCAAUAUACCAAAUCGGUUCCGCUGACCCCAAGCUUACGGCGUUGACCUCAACUGUGGGGGUCCAAAACCCUUCAGCACUCACGCCGUCAACCAUCUGCGGUCUCGUCAAGGCUUUUAUUCCACGUGCAGUGACGUGCAUUCAUGUUGGAGAAGCUGCAAUCUCUUCAGAGCUCGCGAAGAAAAUCCUACUCUGCACACGUAGUAAUGCUGCCAUUGACGAAAUCGCUAAGGAAGGAUACAGAGGCUCUCGACAGAAAAGGAAGCAAGAUUUGAAAAUGGUCAUCAUCGACGAAGCGGACCAGAUGCUUACUCGCAACCAUGUCAUUCGCACGAGUUGGCAGCUAUUGAGGACAUCAGUUCUAUUGCACCCUCAGGUUCAUUUUACUACAACAGCCCAUCGCACUAUGGGCAAGAACAACAAGAAAAAGUCCAACAUCAUUCCUGCUGAGGCCUUCCUCCGUCUUCCUCCGCUUGCAGAUGCCUCCCUUGCUGACCAGCCCAUCAUCGACACGCACACCCACCUUGUGUCGACGUUCUCGACUUACCGGAACAAGUACAGGAACGGGACGCUUUACACUAUCCAUGACUUCGUGCGUGAGAUGUAUCGCAAUCGCAAUGUGAGGGCAAUCGUGGACGUGUGGUGCGAGGCACCUGUGUUAAUGGCGUGGAGGGAGCUUGCGGACUCAGCACUGACUGCAGAAGAUCGGGAACAGAAGUGGGGAGGCAUCGAUUAUUGGUUUGUGAUGGGCGUUCACCCACAUGAUGCAAAGUCAUACAAUGAUGCAGUCGAGGCUUCCAUUCUUGAAGCGAUGGCCCACCCACGAUGCGUAGGCUGGGGAGAGAUGGGUCUUGAUUACCACUACGACAACUCCCCACGGACAAUCCAGCAAGAAGUCUUCAUCCGACAGUUGAAUCAUGCUGUCAGGCUGGGCAAGCCGCUCACAAUCCACACGCGCGAAGCGGAGGCAGACACGGAGAGGAUUCUCAUGGAGCACUGUCCCUGCCAAUCACAAGGUACUGCCAGCGAUCAUUCUUGUUACUGA